AUGGCACCAAAAAGCGGUUACAGGAAAAUCUCCAGUGAUGACGAUAAUGAAGUCAGUUUUGCAUCUUCACUUUUUUUCCAUUGGAUGAACGGAGUCUUUAAAAAGGGCAGUCAAAGACCUUUGGAUCAAAAUGAUUUUUUACCCUUGUCAGAUGAAAACUCUGGGCGUUUUGUCACCGAAAAGCUUCAAACAAGCUGGGAAAGCGAGAAAAAUCACUGCAAAAUAAAUGGGAAAAGGCCCAAACUUUGGAAAAGUGUGUUUGAUAUGCUUUCUAUCAAAGAUCUUAUCAUCAUUAUGACGGGGAACAUAUGGUAUUCAUUAAGUUGCCUUCUCUUUCCUCUGUUUCUCGGGUAUCUUGUCUCUAGUCUUAUGUCAGCUGAAGCAGAGAAUACUUACAUGAUCUACGCCUGCGCAUUAGCUUUGUGUCUCAAUGGUUUUAUCGGUGGUCUUGUUGCGCACCAGCAAGACUACAGAUGUGAAGUGUUGGGGAUCAAAAUAGGCAGCGCCCUGAAGGGACUGGUGUACCACAAGGUAGGCACGAUCUUUAAGAGUAUUAUAUGCUUAUUAAAAGAAUUUAUUUCCUCAAGAAACCUUAACCGAUUGCAAUCAACCCAAGCUAUCGGGAGACCCAGAAGGAGAGGUUCAUUGAACAUUAAAACUGGUUGCUGCUUCUGCGAGAGAACUCAGUAAAACUCAAGCAAUCCUGCCCACCAACGACCAAACAAAGUAACAGACAGUAACCUCAGUCAGUAGUUAACGGAGAAGUAUGCUCCAGAAACCGUUAAUUUUUUUACUCCAGCAGUGAAAAGUAUCUUCAGAAUAUUGACGUCUUGUGACUUUUGAGCCUUCAAAGACCAACCUAGUCAUUCGAAAAAAUUCAAAUGCGCCGAUCAUUCGCCAUGGUCUCCUUCGCCAAAAUUAAAAAAAGUUUCUUAUAUGGCUAUAACUUAACAUUAUUUUGAGUCAAGAAUGCCUUUUUGUGUAGCUCCUUCUUGUUCAAGUGGAUCACUUCAAGAUGGAAGAUAAAUGUUUCUUUCGUACGUCACAAGUAAACGACCGCUCCGCUGAGCGAUCAUCAAAAUGGCGCUUGAGUUGUCGCAUUUCUGACAUAGUUAAAUAUGAUUUGGUAAAGGUUCAAUAAUUCUCGUCUCGAAAGGCAGUAAUGGAUAUCUUUUGAGGCGGAGCUUAAAAUCUUACAGGUUUUGGAACAAACUUCCCCUUUAAUGUCUAAUCUGUACUCUCUUUUAGAUGCUUCUUCUCAGCAAGCAGACGUUACUGAAAUUCACUGCAGGACGCUUUUUUGACCUGAUAUCCAAUGAUGUUAAAAGAAUGGAAGAAGAGACAGUCAAGGUUUUUUUCUCAGCCGUUUCCGCGGUUCCUGCUUUUGCAGGGGCAAUAUUCCUUAUCUACAAUUUGAUUGGUUGGCAGGCUGUUACGGGUAUGUUCCUCCUGUGUAUUCUCAUGCCAUACUUUGCCGUCUUGUCCAAUGCUAAUGCUAAGCUGCGCUUGCGCACAGCCACAGUGUCCGAUCAGCGAAUCUCCCAAAUAAAUCAAGUAGUUUCCGGGAUCCGCGCGGUCAAAACGCAUGCGUGGGAGGACGAAUAUGGACGAAAGAUAAAACAUGUAAGAAGGUAAGGUAAAUUAUCAUUUUUAAUCAGAAGUAGGCUUAAACAACUAGCUUCAUUCAUUCCCGUUUUGGCGCAAAUUAUUCAAAACUCGGAAAUAGAUAACCACGAAUCUGUUUUGUCUCCACAGAGAGCUUUAUCAGCCGGCAGUUUAAACCUCCCCUCCCCCCCGAAAAACAAAGCUUUACUACUUUGACGGCUGUAUGAGCCAAUCAGAAUACCUCUUUUCACAAAGAAUAAGUGUCUCAUGUAACCCAUAUUAUAAGUGGAGGACUGACCGGUCAGUUAAAAAAUAUCAGUAUAUACUAAGUAGAUAGAGUUAAAAGAGCGCUCUAACUGGUUACUCAAACCCCGAAUGUCCUUUGCAAUUUAUCUUCGGACGACUCGUGCGGGAGUUGCGCUCGAAAAAUAUUGUAAUCGUUUUUACCGUUGUGUCGGUAAAAGGGGGCGGAUAUCACCUCCACUUCGGAGAAAAAUAGUUUAUUAUAAUAAUUUCAUUGAGUCUAACUUGUCUUCAGUGGGUAUUAUUUUCAUUGGGUCUCAAGAGACGCACUUUCACGGAGAAUUGUACGAUGAAGAAGGGUGCGCUUACCGCCCACUCACCUCGUUGAUAUUUCAAAUUGGAGAGAACACUGACCACGAGUUGGUUCGACAGAAUGCUCACAUAACUUAUGAUAACCUUUUAUCUUCAGAAAUGAAAUCAGCGUCAUUUCCAAGAGGUCAGCCAUUCAGUCAAGUAUCGCUGCCUUGUCAUACAGUGCAACGCCACUGGCCGCUCUGGUGUCAGUAAUUACUAUGGUGCUUACAGGCCAGACCCUCACGCCCGCCAAUGUUUUCAUGUUGCUGUCGUUUAUGAGUGUUUUAAAAUUUAAUGGCAGGUUGAAUAUGAUAAAUGGUUUAAUGUUAACUUAUGACGCCUAUGUUUCGCUCGGAAGAUUUGAAGAAUUCCUUCUUUUGGAAAAUCUGUUGGAAGCCUCGGAGAGUGAUGAAAGCAACAAGCCCCAACAAGAAACGAAAAGUACCGCAACUUACCAAAGUCGCAGUUACUUGAAAAAAGAAGCGGGAAAUAUGGAGAAUGUCUCCCUUUCUCGUGAAGCAGCAGAAUUAGGGCCUACUAAUCUAAGUGUUACAAAUUUAACCUAUGCAAAAACGCAUCGUGAAGAUGAAUUUAUUCUUCAGGAUAUCCACUUCUUUGCACCUUCAAAGAGUUUAACAGUCAUCACUGGCCCGGUUGGAAGUGGUAAGUCUACUCUGCUCUCAGCGAUCGCUGGUGAAAUUUCGAACGCCAGUGGGACGAUUGAUUAUCAAGGUUCUGUUAUUUACUUGCCUCAGACUGCUUGGGUGUUCUCGGGAACGAUAGAAGAAAAUAUUCUGUUUGGUCAACCCUUCGAGGAGUCUAAGUACGAAAGAAUAAUCGACGUCUGCGCUCUGAAAGAAGACUUUCAGCGGUUACCUGAUGGUGACCAAACAGUUGUUGGAGAACGCGGCGAGGUUCUGAGUGGAGGACAACAGGCGAGAGUAAGUUUAGCUCGUGCAGUUUAUGCUGACGGAGAUAUUUAUCUAUUGGAUGAUCCACUGAGUGCUGUCGAUUUUAAAGUUGGCCAACACAUCUUCAACAAAUGCAUCAAAAAUUUGCUAAGCGAUAAAAUCGUUCUUUUAGCCUCUCAUCAGCAACAGCACAUGGAAAAUGCUGAUGAAGUGAUUGCGUUGUACAAAGGGAAUGUCCUCGACAAGGGACGCUUUACUGAACUGCAUGAAAAAGGUGUAAUCAGUUCAACUGUUGACCCGCUCUAUAAAGCAGCUCCGAAGGACAAAACGGACUCAUCUGAGACGUUCGGUUGGGAAGAUAAGGAGGAUUACGAAGAUGCUGAAAAAUGCCAGAAAAUACAUCCUUUGCCCAAUGAAGCGAGGAGUUUAAAGAUAGCAAAGGAGGAUCGUGCAAUCGGAGUUGUGACAUCCAAGCUUUAUUGGGACUAUUUCAGAAGUGGAGCACAUCCUUUGAUGAUAACUGGAAUGAUUGGUUUUAGUCUCAUCACUCAAGGUAAACUUAUUGUUAGACUAAGUUACAAACUUUGGGUCAGGCUCAUAAAGGAAAUACAGCAACCUUUUAUAUUUUUUUUUCUAUUUCUUUUAUUCUAUUUCGUGCAAAUGAUUUCACUAUGACUAUGCUUUUAACCAGCAAUACGCGUUGGUUUUAGAUUAGACGGUAGAGUUAAGAGACACUGCACAAAUUGUUUUCACCAUGUUCCCAAUAUUUCACUUGCUUGUACAAGCGCGAGACAAGCGCUAGUCGAACGUGAAUGGCGAGUCACGCACGCGAAAGGAAGAGCUGGUGUCUUGCUCUCGCGUUUGCCUUGCACUUGCCCCACUCGCCUGAAAACGGCUAAAAAACCACUCGUUCUACAAACUAACUUUCUGAGACCAAAUGCAGUUUUCUAACAAUAUUUAUGUGUAACAUGGUUGACUGCUUCAUCUAUUCUGUGACAUUAUGGUGCUUACAUAAACAUCCCCAAGAUACUAACGGUAGUAGGUAACCCAAGCGAGUUGUGUCUAGGCCCACUAAAUCUUACAACGUUCAAUUGAAUGAUCGUAUAGAAAUACAUUUCAACCACCACAUCUUAAUGCUGUCUCUUUCAGCCAUCAUAGCUGCUCCAGACUUGUGGCUCUCGUUUCUUGCAAGGCUAAACCCAGAUGAUCAGAAUAACAAGACUUAUCUAUCCGUCUUCGCCUGUCUGGUUGGCGCGUGUUUUAUAUUUACUAUCGUUCGGGCUUAUGGAUUCCUCCUAGUUUCUCUAAAGUGCGCCGAGCGUCUACACGAUAAAAUGGUUGUGGCCAUUUUACGAGCUCCUGUCCUGUUCUUUGAUUCAAAUCCAGUAGGAAGAAUCCUAAAUCGCUUCUCCAAUGAUAUUGGCUGCGUAGAUGAGUUGUUACCCAAAACGUUCCUGGAAGCAAUGCAGAUGCUCUUGGUCAUAUUUGUCCAAAUUCUGGUAACAGUUUCCACAAAUGUUUGGCUGAUGUUUCUUGUUGUUCCAAUUUCCGUGUGGGUGGUUUUUCUAUCCAAUUAUUACUUGAAGACUGCCAGAGAACUAAAGAGGUUAGAGUCGAUAUCCCGAAGCCCAGUGUUCGCUCAUUUUUCGGAGACCCUGAUAGGACUGGACACGAUUCGUACAAGAGGAAGACAGAGAGAUUUUGUGGAUGCACUUUACAGGUAUGUUAGAGACAUCGAUCCAGCGUGUGAUAUCAGAGUCAAUAAAUGCACAGGGAACAAAUGAGUUUUAAUUUACACCAUCUCCACCCAAAAUUACCCCGCAAUUUUCUCUGAACGAUAUAUUUUUUUAUUUACCGGCGAUACACGCAACUGUAUCACGCUUCUUUUUCAAUCCUUUCUGGUACUUGCUGAGACACUGGUCAGCAAGUGGACUUUUCCAUAUACAAGGUACCUUCGCGAAAUGAAGCUAUCCGAAAUAGGCACGAAGGGCAUUACCCGUGGUAAGACCACAGUAAUUUCUCUCUAUUGUUUUCGUUCUUCUCAUGGGAUUUUAACAGACCCUUAAUACGAACGGUCAGUCAAUAUUUGGAAAAAUAUCCAUAUUGUUAACAAAUUGGGCUCUAAAGGCUCUCCCUUUAUCUUGACGAGUAGAGCAUACCUAAGACUGAGAUGUGGUUACGGAAGCGAUCAUUUGGACAUUUAGCUAGAAGACAUUUAGCUUUGAUAGGAUGGGGGUCGGGUGGAAUUUGCUGAAGGGCUUCAUUACAUUGUCAGGCCAAAGGAGACACUGGUCUAAGUCUAAUGUGCAAUUUAAUAACAACAAACCGAUCAGAACAAAAGAAAAGAUCACAAGUAGAGAAAGAGGUCUUAAAAACAAGGAGACGACUUUGAGCGCGGAUAAACGCACACGACCAAUAGGCGGUUGGUUUUGCGCAAGUUUGCUGGACCAAUCACGAAGCAAAAUAAUACAAAGCUUAUAAAAUGCGAUUUAUUUUCGACAGUAAACUGAAAAAUCACUCCAUUAUUAAAACUUAUUGUGAUAAACACUCGUCCCUUCAGACAUCAAGAUGUUCAUAAUCAGGCGUACAUUAUGGUGAUGGCCAGCGGUAGGUGGCUCGGUGCACGUUUGGAUUGUUUCGCUUCCUUGUUAGUCGGUGCAGUUGCUCUGGCUGCAAUCUUGGUAUCUCAAGAUGCCGGUAAGCUCAUUCUUAGUAACGUUUUAGUCUUUCUGUGUAAAACAAUAAUCUGUAUGGUCGUGUAUUAACACAGCAUGAACAACUGAAUAAUACAAUAAGUGUGAAAAUACGUGCACUCUCAUUAUAAGCGGGUGACUGCCUGGACCCAGCUAGGUAACCUAGCCUUUUUAGGGUUUACACGUAUAUGUCCGAGUAAUCGGAAGAAAACUGGUAUUGAGUUUCUAAAAUAAAGUUCCAAUUUUUUUCCAGCUUAUGCUGGUCUCGCUCUCGUUUACGUCAUCCAAACUCUGAGCUCGACUCAAUACGCUGUUAGGAAAACCUCUGAAGUGGAAAGCUACAUGACGUCAGUUGAGCGAGUUAUGACCUACACCAAACUUGACCGGGAGCCCGGAUACGAGGAAGAACGAACACCCCCACAAGACUGGCCUCGGAGAGGAAGUAUUGUGUUGAGAAAUGUAUCACUGACCUACUAUCCGGGGGGACCUCAAGUGCUGAAGAACAUCAAUCUUAGCAUCAAAGGAGGAGAUAAGAUCGGAGUUGUCGGCCGUUCGGGAGCUGGGAAGUCAUCUUUUGUAGCAGCUCUUAUGCGCAUGCCUGAUGCUGAUGGAGAGAUAAUCGUUGACAAUGUUCCUAUUAAAGAGAUAGGCCUCCAACAAGCCCGGCGAGGUAUCUCGGUUCUUGGCCAAAGUCCUGUUCUUUUUAGUGGAUCACUCAGAAAAAAUCUCGACAUUUUAGACAAGUUUCAAGACGCUGAAUUAUGGCAGGCUUUAGAGGAUGUGCAACUGAAAGAUUUUGUUGAGACACUUGAGGCUAAGCUGGAUCACGAACUGCUGGAACAUGGCGCUAAUGUCAGUGUUGGAGAGCGGCAGUUAAUUUGCUUGGCUCGUGUGCUGCUACAGCGAAGUAAAAUUGUCGUCUUGGACGAGCCAACUGCGCAUGUAGACCCAGACACAGAGCAGACGAUUUGGAAUGUAGUGCGGAACAAUCUGAAGGGGUCCACUGUCAUCACUAUAGCUCACCAUUUGAACACAAUAAAAGACUGCAAGAAGAUUUUGGUCUUGAAAGAUGGACAAGUUAAAGCAUUUGACAAUUUUGAUUCAGUAGUGAACAAUGAGCUAGAAGCUGCCUAA